CGGGGCCGCCAGAGUCCCGGGGCCGCCGGUUACUCUUCUGAGAGCCUUUCAGGAAAGCACAGGGCAGGGGGCAGAGAAGCCUGGGGGCGGGUGGCAGGCAGGCCCGACCUGUGUACUAGCCCAGGGACACCCACGGAAGCACCCAUGAAGUAGAGAUGGUGCAACCGGGGCGCGCACGUGUGUGCAGCCCGCUGGCAUGUCUCUAUGCCCUGUGGGCACCUGUCGUGUGAGUAGCUGCGGGUGUGGCUGUUUCUGGAUGCUGUGGGUGUCGGUGAGGUUUGUGUCUUCGGGCCUGCCUCCCCCGUCUCCAGAGGGGAACUAAGAAGUUUAACUGAGAGGGACACUGAGGAGAUUAAAGGAGUGGAUCUCAGAGGCUAGGCGGAGAGGGUGGGGACUGCGGGCGCAGCGGGCAGGGGCAGGGAAGCACCUAUUUAAACCAUCUCCCAGCCAGAAAAGCGUCUUGAAAAGGCUGGUGUGACCCAUGUGGCUCGGAAAUGUCUAGAGAGCCCCGAGCGGUGAUGAUCACAGAGUGAGUGGCUCUGGGCUGAGCCUAUCCAGUUCGUGGACAAGAGGGAUGUUAGCAUUUAGAAAGGCCAGGAGGAAACUCAGGAUGGGGACCAUCUGCUCUCCCAAUCCCAGCGGGACAAAGGCUGCCUCGGAGGUCUGCAAUGCCGACUGGAUGGCCUCGCUCCCCCCUCACCUCCACAACGUCCCCCUUUCCAAUCUGGCAAUCCCAGGUUCCCAUGAUUCAUUCAGCUACUGGGUAGAUGAAAAGUCCCCAGUGGGGCCUGACCAAACCCAAGCUGUCAAACGUCUUGCCCGUAUCUCCUUGGUAAAGAAACUAAUGAAGAAAUGGUCUGUAACUCAGAACCUGACCUUCCGGGAGCAGCUGGAGGCUGGGAUCCGCUACUUUGACCUACGUGUGUCCUCCAAGCCAGGGGACACUGACCAGGAGAUCUACUUCAUCCACGGGCUCUUUGGCAUCAAGGUUUGGGAUGGAUUGAUGGAGAUUGAUGCAUUCCUCAGUCAGCACCCUCAAGAGAUCAUCUUCCUGGAUUUCAACCACUUCUAUGCCAUGGAUGAGGCCCACCACAAAUGCCUGGUUCUGCGGAUCCAGGAGGCCUUUGGGAACAAGCUGUGCCCAGCCUGCAGUGUGGAGAGCAUGACACUGCGAAGCCUGUGGGAGAAGAAGUACCAGGUUCUCAUUUUCUACCACUGUCCCUUCUACAAGCAAUACCCAUUUCUGUGGCCGGGAAAGAAAAUUCCAGCACCGUGGGCAAACACCACAAGUGUACACAAAUUGAUCCCCUUUUUGGAGACCACCCUGAGUGAGCGAGCUCCACGUGGGGCCUUCCAUGUCUCCCAGGCCAUCCUCACCCCAAGAGUGAAGACCAUUGCCCGAGGCCUGGUGGGGGGCCUCAAGAACACACUAGUUCACAGGAAUCUCCCUGCCAUCCUUGACUGGGUGAAGACCCAAAAGCCUGGAGCCAUGGGUGUCAAUAUCAUCACAUCUGACUUUGUGGACCUGGUGGACUUUGCCACGACUGUGAUUGAAUUGAAUGACCUUCUAGAGGACCAAGCUCUGACUAAGUGUUGAAUUAAUGCUUUGUUUAAUUGGAUGUUGAGAUUGUGGAUCUAAGGUAGGGUUCUAGAGGGUUCCAGUUAGGCUGGCUCACUCCUGGGCAGUCAUGGUGAAGUGAGGAAGAGAAAGAGGGGCCUCCCUGCUUUCCUCACAUAGCCAUUUGGAUAAAACUCCAAGUUCUUUCAUUGCAUUUCCCCCAAUGAGACUUUAAAAAAUUUAAGUCUAAGGGAAGAAUGCAUAUUUCAUAUGGUCAAGGCCAGAAUCUACCCAAUGGUUUAUGGUGGCAAAUGCAAGAUGGAUCUCAACCAUCCCAGCUUCCUGUUGUCUUCUGGGGGCGUCUGAGCCUGUGUGAAGACUAAAUUGGAAAGGCAUUCCUGGUGAGAACAAUGGAAAGGGCACAUGCAAGCUCUGACCACCCUCAUGGAGGUCUCUGCCAUCAACCUAGAACUCUGAGGGGCUCCUAGGGAGCAAAGCACCAGGUUGUCUCUUGAACUGUACAAUAUCACCACUUCUCUAUGAGAGCAAGAUGUGUUUAUAACCACACUGCUCAGCCACAGGCUGGCUCUGGAAGUGGUCCCCUUAAUGCUUCAUGUAAACAGUAUACCUACCCUUGGCAUCAGAAAUGUGUUGCCCUAUCUUGAAGUAUUGGUUCUUUUCAUUUCCUUUUGGGCCACCUCUUUAAAAUGAAAGGGACAGUGGUGGGGAAUCUUUUGUGUGAGGGCCCAAUAAGACCUAAAUAUGCAUGUUUGUUGCAUGCCAGAAUUCUUUAUUCUAAUUUAAUCCUGUAGCUUUCUCCCCAAAUGACUAUCAAGCAAGCACCUGCAUCAUUUUGGCACAGUCUCCUUCGGGGCAAGGUCUUCACGCCUGAUUCUGGAGUCACAUUUUAUGGUUGUCCGCUUGGGACCCAGUCUGCUGUAGGACCCCAUGCUAAGUAGAUGACUGCUUGUCCGUGACGUAAUGGAGGCUGACCCUGGAUGCGUGGGCACGUGCAAUGGCAUUAAAGGAGGAAGUUCCAAGCGGGUUUGGAGCCAGUCUGUAACUCCUUGCAAACAAGACUACCUCGGGGACAUUAGGGUGACUUAUAUAUCGUCAAGUGAGAAAAAAAAAAAAGCAAUGCUGGAACAUUUCCGCUUCUUUUUCCUUUUGGUCUUUUUUUCUCUGGGUUGUUCUAACCACCACUACAUGAGGGCUUGGAAACUCAAGAGGGAAUUUAUUUUUAAUUGAUAACAUGAAGGUUUUUUUUAAUUGAUAAGAGCCCUCUUGUUUCCUCUGCUUUGUUUCUAUACUUAUUUAUUCAUGGAGUAAGUAUCUGCAGUGCUGAUCGCCUCAAGAGCACUCACACAGAUGUUUACUGGACUUUUCCUAUCCAGGACGGACGCUGCUGUGGUCUUCCACCCACGCACUGGAUGGUGCAUCUCAGGGCUGUGAGUGACCGCGUUCCUUGAUAUAGAUGUCCUACUCCACCUCAGUCCUGCUAAGGGUGGUAUAUAGAUACGGAUGUGAUCUAGAUCCAGGAAGCCACUGCCAAAGGCAUAUACACCAGGGACGGAAGUGAAAGGGUCUUGAAAAACUACACAGGCACGUCUGUCAAGCCUUGCAAAGACAGCAGCUAGGAAUAACAGCUGAACACAGACAUGAGCAUGCUCUGAUACCCCUUAGCACUAUCUGAGAAUCCCCAGGGAGGUGCCAGAUUCCAGAUUCCUAAAAAGGAUUAUAAACAGGCAAUCCUGAGCCAAGGAAUGGGCAUUUGCAGAGACUCCCUCUCCUAGGAGUUUCCUAUCCUUGGGUUUCCUAGUUAGAUGGUGUAUGUUGACUGCAGCAGGGAUAUCUUGGGUGAGCUACUGAAAACACUCGUAUGCCCCACAGUGCUGAUCAUCUGGUCUUCUUUAUUUUUUUCUUCCUGAAGUAAUUUAGGCCUUGACUUUUUAAUCUCCAUAGUUCACGGAGGCCGAGCACAAACGCCUCUGGGAAAGCCUGCUUUGACUUCUCUUGUUCUUGAAUUUUAAUCCCUCCCAGAGGAGGCUUCUGAGUGAUCUUGUCAAACUUGGUGGAGCUUUCUCUGCACAGGGCUUCCUUGUUGCGCGCGAGUGUGUGUACCCUCAUCGCCAUAAUUUUCCAUCAAAUAUGAUUCUGAGAUCUACAGAGACAUUCUGGAAACCCUGGCCUACCCCCAGGGUUUUAUUUUUGUUUUCAUUGUCUCAUUUUGUUUGUUUGUUUGUUUCAUUGCUUUGUUUUGGUUUUAAUUCUCCAUCAGUUACCAGGGACUAGAUCAUUUUCCAUCCCAUCAACCCUUUGUUACUUGGCAAAGAGAUAAGGAGGCAAGAGGAGUGCCAUUCUGCUGUGUGUUACUGCAGCCUCAGCUUCAUCCAGGUGCUUGGUGCUAUGGGGCUGGGCGUGUCAGCGGGUAUGGGGCUGUGGGUGUCAGCGGGUAUGGGGCUGUGGGUGUCAGCGGGAAUCUGCACUAGAUACCCGUUUCCCUUUAAGGCUGCCGACUGUUCCGUGAAUUGUUUACUUCGUCUCUUCCCUUUGUUCUUAAAUGCACAGUUGUACCACACUUAUGACAUGCACCUUGAUGUCUGCAUGCUGCACCAAGAAGCAUGACACUUCCAAGGCCACGUGUACAGCCCUGCUCCCGUAGUGAGUGCAUGUACUGGCUCUUCAGGCUGCUUUGGGGUCUCGGCCUUGUUGUUAUUUUGAGAGUCUGAGAGGUGGGGGCAGGGAGGAUUAUUCACAGUUUUCUCCAGAAAUUACUGAAAUCUCGGCCCCCAAGACAAAGACAUCCAAUGUUGUAAAGGCUGCGUGUAAUUCUGUUCCUUGAAGACCAGACAGAAACUUGGGGUUGGAGAGAAUAACAAGAGAAUAUAGGCCCCACAGCUCAUUCUGCAAUAGUUAUGAGUAAGAAUUCUGACCCAAACAUGUGACAUGUCCUCGAAAAUCAAAAUAAGUCUCUCAGAUCAAAAUAAGGCUCCCAAAAUUGUUCAGAAUCAAUUUCAAGAGCAAAAUGCUGCUUAUUAACUCAGUUUCACAGAAUUUCUACUUGGAAAUUUAUCCAACACAGCCAUUAUUUCCUUGAUGGCCCAGACACUUGUAGGUUUCUGUCAGUUAAAGCAGUGUCUCAAAACUUGAACACUGAGCUUACCAGAAGUUCCAAGUGUGUGAUGGGUAGAGACUGAACAGAGAGCUCAGGGUAGAGCUGAUGGAAGGGGCGGUGAGUGUCUGAGGAUUUGGACUGAUAUCAUGGCAGUCUUAGAAGCCAUGCAAAAGAAAAAGAAAACUUAUGUUUGCUGCUUGAAAUUUGAUCCUCACCAUUUUCUUUAGCGCUGGGUUUAGACUCCUGCAUGUUGGAGAACAUUUAAUCUAGAGUUCAAAUCCAGGGUUUUAUAUACAUAUAAAGAAAAGCACAAGACCUGAGCAGAGAUAAUGACAAACCUUAGGAGUCUCAGGUCUUUCAUAACUUCAUGUUCACAUUGGAGAAUGUAUGCUUCUAUACAACACAGCAAUGGCAUGAAGCAUUCUGAAGUUAAAUGGAGCUUUCUGAUGUGUGGGGAUAUCCACGGGUCUUUUUUUUUCAGUCUUACCAGUGGGAAGUAAUCCCAAAGAGACAUGAUACAACCCACCAUCAGCACACAGUAGAAGGUGGAAAAGAAAUCCAGGUGAAAGGAAACUGCUGUUUUAUCUGAGAAGCAAAAGGACUACAAAGUGACAUCAUUACAGAAGUUUUAUAAUGCAUUUGAUUCUAUUAAGUUCUGGGAAACAGAACAGGAGAAUGAACAGGCCACAGACACAAGAUCUCCUCCCUUAGCUGAACAACUGAUCCUGGGUUAACCUGUCCUUGGUUCUUUCAUCUUUAGCAAGGAUGCAAAUCUCAGUUGACUGGUUCAUGCAAUAUAUAAGGUCCUAGGGCUCAACCGGAAUCCCUUGCACUCUGGGAGUGUACCUUUACAGUGAUUCUUCCUUCUAUACACAUGUGCAUUGAAUAUGGUUGGAGUCAUUGUCCAAGACUAUAGUACAGGCUGAUUGAAUUUGACUAUGAAUUAUACUUUCUGGAGUCUAUAUAAUGUGUGGGGCUCAAACAAAUAUGCCCAAGUGUAUGUUGGCCUCUGAGAGGUGGGCUUUCUGAAUAUGUCCAGAGGAAACAACAGACACUGAGGUUAUCAAACAUCUUGGCUGACAGGAUGCUGAUUUGGGACAACACAGAGGAGCAUAGAUGGCCCUCUGGAUUCCCUGUCUGUCUAGUACAUCUUAACCCUCUUCCAAAGCUGCUUCCUUAUAGUUGGUACCACAGUUUCAUUACUCAAUAGCAUCUCCGUGGGACACAGGAGAGUGAAGUGACUGAAUGACAAGUAGUGACAAUAUAAACUUCCCCUUAACUCUAGAUGGUUCUAAUCAGCUCUUUACUGCCCCAAGUGACUCCUAUUUCCACAACCUUUGGAUUCCCAAGUUUCCUGCUACAAACACUGGCACUAAUGGUCAUAUGUCUGAGCUAACCUAACUCAGAAGCAACCCUACAAUGAUGCUAAUGAUUCUAAAAAUUAGCAAAGUUUUAGCCACUGUCAAAAUAUUCUAAGAUAAGAAUAUUCUGCUUUAGAUACUGUGUUUUAGUAUCAACUCCAGCAAACUUGUUCUUAGGAUUCAUCAAACCCAUUUUAAAACAAAGUGGUUUGAAUAACCCCUCCAUUCUUUGGGAGAAUUCAGAAUUGUAGGCUGUUGAGGCCCUGUAUCAACAGUAUAGAGGUAUUUUCUGUCAUCUUGGAGUGCUGUUUUCUCCUGUAUCCUAGCAUCCCCAACCAUCUGCCAAUUACUGCAUCACAAGAUGCUGACAGAAGAUACUCUUUGACUGUAGUGGUAGUUGUUUUUUUCAUAUUCUUAAAUGCAUUUUUUUGCCUCAUGCUCCCACCCAGUCAUUAAAACUAUCUUAAUUGGAGUCCUGAAAUUGGGACCAAUACUUAAUUCAGAUAGCACAGGCUUGCUCAGUGUUAAGCCCACUAGGAAACAUAGCACUUUGGAAAGUCAUAUACAUGCCUUUGGCAGCUCUGUACAGUUGCAAUGUCACACUUGUUAAAAGUUUAUAGCACUAAUAACAAGUCACUUAUAGAUCUAUAGAAUCGAGAUGAUAAAUCUUAGAUCAUAUUCUAGAAACAACAUUACUUGCUGCUACUAAUUAUUACUCCAGUGUUCAUAAGUAUUAAAUGCAGGUUGUUUAUGCAUUAUUUGUAUUAUGUAUAUGCCAACUAUAAUACUUAGCCUUCCUGAUCAGUAAUUUAAAAUUACAGAAACUGUCAUAGUGAAAAUAAGUCUUGGUCAGUUCAGAUAACUCAUGUAUCUGAUAAAUGCUGUAAUGGAGAUUAUGUUUUAUCUUCUGUUACUUGAUUUACAUUGCAAUGCAUGUGGUUGCUAUACUUAAGAAAUAAUAAUCAAUUUUAACAAAUUUAAGGUUAGGGAUAAAAUUGUGCAUAUAUGAUACUUGAUAUUCUGAAAUGUAUUUUGUGGCUUGUCACCUUCAUACACAUUUCACUUAACUUCUUUCCCUUUAGGAAAUAAUUGUUCAGUUAUAUCUCUUUUCUUCUUUCUUGUAACUUGGAUUAAAUCACAUGAUUCAUCCUAAAAUAUUGUGAAGCCACAAUACCUCAUUUUAACUGUGAAAAAAGUAUUGAUAAGUCUGAUCAUAUGAUGUGUUUCCUUGUAUUUGAUUUGAGCCACUUAUCAAGGUUUAAUCUUAGUAAUAAAAAUGAACCUUUAAUAGCCA